GUAGCACCCGCUAGCAGACGCUUCAUUCCGUCCAGCAGCAGACAUCGUGGUAGAAAGAGACUGUAGAGACACCAACCGCGUCUUAUUUGAACUCUUACAUGACAUUAAUUUGUCCGGAAGCUAUUUAAAGUGUUGUUGAUAUAAUGCGGUUCGUGUAAUCCCGCAGAGAGAGAGCUAACUAAGCUAACCAACGGCUGCCACAGUGCGUCUGUCAAAUCGGUCCUCGCCCUUUGAGCUGUCAAAUCACGGAGACCAGGUGGACGGGCAGGAAACAUGGCGAGUUUUGCGAGUAAAGUGUUUUUCAAAGUCGACAAGGUGUGUCGCCACCUGCCCGUGGUCCUUAACACCUUCCUGGUGUUCUCCAUCACCGGAGAGGUGAGCUACUUGGUGCUGGUCGAGGCUCCGCUGGAGGCGGACCACAAGAGGACGGUGUGGACCACCUGGUGGAAAGUGGUCCACCUGCUAGCCCAGUACUUCAUGCUGGGGAACAUCUGCUGGAACUCCCUGCUGUUCCUCAGGACCAGCCCCAGCAUCAAGGGGGUGUUCCUGGGAGGAGAGGGCAUGGGUCAGGGCUGGAGGUUCUGCUAUACGUGCGAGACACACACUCCUCCUCGCUGCUCCCACUGCUAUGACUGCAAAGUGUGCGUGCUGCGGCGGGAUCACCACUGCGUCUUCUUUGGCCAGUGUGUAGGCUUUCGUAACUACCGCUACUUCCUGAGCUGCUUGUUAUUUAUGUGGUCGGGGCUCCUUUACGCCACUCUGAUGAAUGCAGAGGUCUUCAUCGUCAUAUUGAAGGAGGGUGUGACCAUGCACAGCAUCCUGCUGCUGCUCAUACCUUGGAUCAUGCUGGUUUCAGGCCAGGUCUCAGCACGUGCCUUCGCCUUCGCGUUCAUCGCCGACACAUGCGUAGUGGGCUUUCUGCUGGUCUCUGCCUUCUUCUUCUUCCAUCUCUUCCUGUUGUUUCGGGGACAGACCACCAGAGAGUGGUACUCGACCCGCCGACCCUACAGCCUCGGGCUCCUGGGCAACCUGCGUCACGCUCUGGGCCUCCGCUGGUACUACUGCUGGCUCUGCCCGCUCAUCCCGUCACCACUGCCUGGAGAUGGGAUAACGUUCCAGGUCACAGGGUCGCUGGAGCCCACCCGGUAACAGAUGAGAGUCUGAACGUUAACAGACUGCGUGUGUUUGCUUUAGUGGUGAUGGUUAAUGUUGUCGGGAAGCAGCAGCGGGGACGAUCGCCUCGGUUAAAGAAGAGGUAGCUUGUGAUGGGAUAAAGUUUGUGGUUGACUAAGAUGUAACUGGGUUUAAAUGUUUACCAGUAUUUUUCUCCGUAGCCUUUACCUGUGCUGAGACAAAGAAAUGAUGGGUCUCCUUUAGAAGGUACGUUGACCCAAAGUUAACGCUCAUUGAGGCUGGCCUCAGGAUACUAACACAGAAAUUAGAGGUGUUCCUCUGGAAUACUGAGCACUGAAAAUGUAUGUAAACAACACUGAAAUGAGAAUGUAUUUUAUUGAUCCUGACAAAUUAUUUUUUAAUCUUCAUAAACAAGCAGUCGCAGCUACUGACUACACCUCCCGGGUGGUCACCCUCAUGGGAUCACUACUUACAUGAGCCUUUUUUGUAGUGUUUAUUCUGCCUAAAUCUUAACGUCAUAGAAAUUUGACUUGCACUGCUCCUGGAUAGUCCAUAAGAUUUUAAAUCUGCUGUUGUGCGUUAGCCGCUACGGUCAUGAUGUGCUUGUGCUUUCCAUUGGUCUACAUCCACUCCUGAGCUCCAGCUGAGCACACACCACACUGAGCUUUUUACUUGAUAUUAUGCAGCAAGUGAGACAAUGAGUGCGUUUACAUGGACAUGAAUACCUCAUUUAUGAGGCUCAUCCUGAUAAUGAUCAGAUUUGGGACAUGGCGUUUACAUGAGCGUAGACAAAUUGGGUUAUUCAUAUUCUCCGUAUACAUGACAAAUCAUAAUAAUCCAGUUACUGAUUACUGCAGUCUGUUAGCGCAGGCGCCUGUGAUGUUUGCAAAAACAAAGUGGCAAUAGGAGAUUAGAGCAACAGGAAAUAUUAAGCUCUUAAACUCUGCUAGACCGAUCACUGGCUCCUGUGUUUCAGCUAAACGUCGCUCCAUUUAACCUCAUUUUAAAUUACAUCAGAGAUCCCAAACUUUCCAAAGGA